GGUAUUGAUUGCAACGUUCCAGUUAGACUGCAAUAUAGUCGCAUGCAUAUUCUCAAAUUCCGUCAUCGAACAUCGAAAAUGUUAUUCUGAUAUGAUUCCGUUGUGUGCAACAUAUGCAUGAUUGUGUGCAUGUGCAUCACCAGAGGGCGCGUGCACUGGACGUGAGGACUGCUGUACUGAUCCAUUACAAUAAUACGGACAUGUCUGUAUUCUGUACCUUUGGACUCGUGGAGACAGUAUAUAACCUACUAUAGAUCUAGUAACCAGCACAUGGAUGUUUUCAUCUGAAUGCAGCGUGCUGAUCGCAUGCAUCUGUGUUCCUCAAGCAGACCGAGAGCUUCUGCAAUACACGAGAAAGACAAGAAAACCAAAGCACUCCAUACAGGAUUUGUGUCCAAUACAAAAGACCGCGGAUAAGUUCAUUCUGUAGCUGUACAAUGAAGAGGCGGUUUAGUGUUGUGGAGUCCCUGGUUCAUUUAUAUGAGUCCAGUGAAGAGCAAAGAGAUGCAGCCCUACAUACGACAAGUGAUGGAGGGAUGGAAGAGGAAAGAGACGUGACCCUACUUAAGACAAGUGAUGGAGAGAUGGAAAAGGAAAGAGACGUGACCCUACAUAAGACAAGUGAUGGAGAGAUGGAAGAGGAAAGAAACACGACCCUACAUAUGACAAGUGAGGGAGGAAUGGAAGAUGAAAGAGACAUGACCCAACAUAUUACAAGUGAUGAAUGGAUGGAAGAGGAAAGGAAUCUGGAUGGAGAAGCUGAGCUGGAGCUCUUUGAUGAAGCUUCUGAAACAGAGGACAAUACAGAGUUCGAUCCAGACUACCACUCUACUGAUGGAGAAGAGUCAGAGGAAGAGUCAGAGGUCACUGCUGACACUGAGGUGGCUUAUCAGUCCAAAAACGGAAACAUAUCGUGGACUCCAGCACCUUCUCCUCAGAAACAACGAGGGAGAUUACCAGCUCAUCGUAUCAAAAUGACCUCUGGACCAACCAGGCUGGCAUGUGCCCAUGCUGAAGACAUAAGAUCAACAUUUGAAUUGUUUUUUCCAGAUGAUAUUAAACACAUUUUGAUAAAAAUGACCAAUUUAGAGGGGAAACGUGUAUUUCGUGAUACCUGGAAGGACCUGGACUGGACAGACUUACAGGCAUUUUUUGGUCUGUUGAUUCUGGCAGGUGUGUAUCGAUCCCACCAUGAGGCCAUAAGUAGCUUAUGGCACGGUGUAUCAGGGAGGGCAAUUUUUCGUGCUACCAUGUCACUGAAAAGUUUUUCCAGUUUGUCAAGGGUCUUCUGCUUUUACAAAAGGGAUGAAGAGCAUAGCAGACAGAAAAGUGACAAGCUGGCACCAGUAAGGAUCAUCUGGGAUAAAUGGGUCGAACGCCUGCCACUCUUGUACAAUCCAGGCCCAAACGUCACUGUGGAUGAGUGCCUGGUGCGUUUCAGAGGACGCUGUCCCUUCAAACAAUACAUGCCAAGUAAACCAGGCAAGUAUGGUAUUAAAAUCUGGGCAGCAUGCGAUUCCAGCUCGAGUUAUGCGUGGAACAUGCAGAUAUACACUGGCAAAGCUAUCGACGGCAAGUCAGAAAAGAACCAGGGAAUGCGAGUGGUCCUGGACAUGACAGAUGGCCUAGAGGGACACACCGUCACGUGUGACAACUUUUUCACCUCGUAUGGCCUCGGCGAGGAGCUGCUCCGAAGGAAAAUGACCAUGAUCGGAACAGUCAGAUCAAACAAACCUGAACUCCCACCUGCACUCCUGUCAAUGAAAGACAGGGCCCGAUUAUCAUCCAUGUUCGCCUUCACUGAUACACACACUCUUGUGUCCUACUGUCCCAGAAAAAAUAAAAAUGUGCUGUUGAUGAGCACUUUCCACAGAGAUGCCAAAGUAAGUGACAAAGAUCACAAGAAGCCAGAGAUAAUCCUACACUACAACCAGACCAAAGGCGGAGUUGACAACCUUGACAAGGUUGUUGCCACUUACACCUGCCAAAGAAAGACAGCUCGUUGGCCCAUGGUGAUUUUCUUCAACAUGUUAGAUGUCUCCGCCUACAAUUCAUUCGUACUGUGGACGAAGAUAAAUCCCUCAUGGAACAAAGGGAAAAAUUCUAAAAGGAGGCUGUUCCUGGAAGAACUAGGGGUAGCUCUGGUGGCUCCUUACAUGAAAAGACGGCAUUACGUUCCCCGCUCGCCUGCCUCACAGAAUAUGGUGAUACAAGCACAAGCAUGCUCUUCGGAAAAAGAUGACGUCCUUCUGCUAGCCUCCAAACAUAAGGUGAUGGAAGCACGAGCAUACUGUUUUACAGCCAAAAAACCCAGCUCCUCCCCAGUAUCAACCCCCACCAAGAGGAAAAGGUGUCAGGUCUGUGAAUCAAAGAAGAGCACAAAAACCAGUGUGAUGUGCAGUCAGUGUAACAUGUACAUUUGCAGGUCACACGCAAUUACAACUUCUUAUUGCUAUUCAUGCAAGAAGGUUUAAACAAGACUUAAGGCCCAGAUAUACUUCAAACAAAAUCGAAGAACGAACUGAUUUGAUGUCAUUUCGAACAAAAUCAGGCCGAAAUGAAGUUCGUUUUUGAGUUUGUUUUGGCAGUUCGAAACAGCUGACCAAAGCGAACUUUCUGGGGGAGUUUGUUUUGGCUUCUAAACACCUUUGAGCUUUCAUUGGUCCGUGACGGUUACGCAGUCGGUGGGUUUGUUCUGAAACUCCACCUUCUUUGACAUGCGAUUUUAUUCCCCCAGUUCAUUUGUGAAUCUCAUUCUACGGAGGUCCGACAGGAGAACAACAUCUCCUGAACACACUGGAGUGUCAAAUAGCUGAGCUGGCGCAGAUAUAUCUGCACCUGUCUGAUCGCUCGCGGAGAGACUUUAAAAAAUCAGAGAAAGCAUUUAAUUACUAGAAAGAAAUAGCAAUGAAGCAUGGUGUCAAGGACCCGGAGUUAUGCAUAAAGCAAGAGAGAAACAUCUGUGACAGUUUUCCAAAGCCAUGAAAAGAAUGAAAGGAAAAAGUAAAGAUAUAAGGUAGCAAGUACCAAAUACAUAUGUAUUGCAAGGGGGAAAAAAAACUAGAUUCAUACUGUAGAUAUUGCUAUAUUAAGUACAUUAAUUAUAGGCGUUUAUAUGUACACUGGGGGGGGGGGGGGGGGCUUUCAUGGGCAGCCUAGAAUGCACUUACAACAAAAUAAACUUUUUUAUUGAAUAAUAAUAAUAAUAACCUUUGUUCUCUUUCUCUGUAUCAUUGUUUCUACACUGGUGAUUUUCUCAACUAACUUUGUUUAUAACAAACAAGGCCAUAAUCAUAUUUAGAACAUUACAUUGUUUUGAGGAAAAUAUUAAGAUCAGACCACUAUGGCAAUGGUAAAGAAACUAAAUAAGAUUUUUUUGUGAAGUAAUCAAUUUUAACUUAUACUAACUUAACUUACUAAUAAUAUUUUUAGCUAUUUUAAAAUAUGUACCCAUUAAAUUUUGUAGUUGUAAAAGUUGUAUUUCUAAUAUCUUGAAAGCACAAGACAGAAAAUGCUAUUGUCGUCACAAUAAUUAUGAAGUAUAUGAAUCACGUAAAUGACAGCACAACUUUCAAUUCAAAACAGCGGAAUUUAAUAAAAAAAAUAAUAAUAAAAAAAAAAGGUCGAAUAGUUUGCAUCACUGGAUAAUAUAGUUGAGCCGACUGUUGCUAUAGUAAGUAAUUCUUAAAUUCAACAUUAACAGCAAGUCAAAAGGGGGAAGCUUUCAAAUGUAUAGCCAAUGCAUUUUAGACGCUUAAAAAUACUGCAACAGACUGAAGCCUCCGCGUGAAUUCAGCGCGCCUUACAUUCAGCUAAUAAAAUAAAUAUGCUACAAUUUUCUGCAAUUAUUUUAUGAUUGUUUGGGAAGUCUCAAGCUAUAUCUUAAACUUCUCAAAAUACAGUCGGCUUCAGAUUGGUUUUAAUCUAUGCACAAAAAAAUUAACGUAAUCUUUAUCUAAUUCUGAUUGGGUGUGCAAGACAGUCCUGCCCAAGAACGAAAACGAACUUCGUGUGAAGUAUAUCGGGGCCUUUAGUCAUGGCUUAUGCACUCUUUGUUGCUCAGUUUUUAUAGUAGUUUUUCUCUUGCUGUUCUCUUUACCAACUUGUUUGCCAUUGCAAAAUGUAUCAUGUUUAUUGCCUUUUCUCUUGACAUUAUUAUUUAGUUUACGUCAUUAGAGUUACGGAAUGUUGACAUUUGAUGUUUUAAAUAAAUGAGAAGCUACAAAAUAAUGCAUACUCU